AUUUUAUAUGACGUUACAGACUACUCCCCUAUUAUAUAACGUUACAUAACGCUGCAUUUUGUAACGAGCUGGUAGAUCUGUGUAUAUCGUAGACAGCGCACACGAUUUUCAAUCAUGUCUUCAUUAUCAAAAGCAGUUCGAUUACUUUCUAGCAGUACGUCAUGUUGUGCUGUCCGAUGCGUGUGCUCACGCUACUACAGUAAAGGCAGGUCAUGGGAACACCAGAACAACAAAAACAGAAAACGGAUAAGGUAUCUUACUGGAGCUUCAUUUAGUUCUCUUGCAGCGUAUAUUUCAUACCAGAAAUAUGCAAAUGAUGGAGAAUCAGAAAACUUGCAAGCGCAUACAGCUAAUGCAAAGUCAUUCCCAGUCUAUUCAUCACAAGAGAUUAUGAAACACACAACAAAAGACAAUGGCAUAUGGGUAUCUUAUAAAGAUGGUGUUUAUGACAUCACAGAGUUCGUAGACUCACACCCAGGAGGGGAAAAGAUCUUAUUAGCUUCAGGGGGGCCAAUUGAUCCAUUUUGGAACAUGUAUGCUGUACAUAAAUCCGAAGAGGUUUUGGAAAUACUAGAGCAAUAUAAAAUUGGCAUUCUAUCUCCAGAGGACCAGAAACCUAUUGACUUGAAUGACCCUUUCGCAAAAGAACCCGCACGCCUCCCAGUAUUUCGAAUCAAUUCAAAAAAGCCUUUCAAUGCAGAACCCCCACUUGAGUUACUUACAGAUUCCUACAUCACACCUAAUGAUUUAUUCUAUGUUCGUAACCAUCUUCCUGUACCCGACAUUGAUCCUGAAACGUACAGGUUAAAAGUGGACGUAGGUGACACUCAUCUGGAGUUUAGUUUGAAUGAUCUUAAAACCAAGUUCAAGCCGGUUACCAUAACAACAACAAUUCAAUGCGCUGGCAACCGUCGUGAGGAGAUGUCUGAAUUCAAAACUGUAAAAGGUUUAAGUUGGGGCCCGUGUGCUAUUGGUACGGCUCGGUGGACAGGAGUCAGAGUAAGAGACAUUCUGCUUCACGCUGGUUAUGAUGUGGAAGAUAAGGCAAUUAAACAUAUUCAUUUCAAUGGAAAUGAUGAAGAUGUUACUAACACAUCAUACGGAGCUUCCAUACCAAAGCAAAAAGUAAUGAGUCCUGAUGGAGAUGUAAUUCUUGCUUACAAAAUGAAUGGGGUGGAUAUUCCAAGAGACCAUGGAUAUCCAGUAAGAGCAAUUGUACCUGGUUAUGUAGGGGCACGUAAUGUUAAAUGGUUAAGUCACGUUACCGUUGGGGCAGAAGAAAGCACUUCUCACUGGCAGAUGAAUGAUUAUAAAGGUUUCUCACCAAAUACAACGUUUGAAACAGCAGACUACAAAAAUACGCCAUCUAUUCAAGAAAUGCCUGUAAUAUCCGCCAUUUCCGUUCCCAAAGCAAACACCAUUGUUGACCCAGAGGAUGGCAUGGUAGAGGUCAAAGGUUAUGCUUGGAGUGGCGGGGGUCGCGACAUUAUCAGGGUCGACGUAUCUCCGGAUGGGGGUAAAACAUGGAAGGAAGCUACUUUGACCAAGGAUGAACCAAAUGCUGAUGAUUCGUCUCACUGUUGGUCGUGGACAUUAUGGAGGGCUGAGGUUCCAGUUAAAACUGGCCAAACAGAAAUAACGUGCAAAGCAAUCGAUUCAUCUUACAACUGCCAGCCAGAAUGGAUUGGUCCAAUCUGGAAUUUGCGUGGAUUUUUAACAAACGCUUGGCACCGGGUUAAGGUGACUGUUGCUGACGAGGACGAAUGAAGAGAAAUAACUUUUUAAUUUAAGUUCCACUUACGAGUUGUAAAAUACUACUAUCUUCUUUUGUAUUUUAUUCAUAUCUGACUCAAUUUUUCUGCAGGACCCAAUUAUUAUUAUAUUAUAGUAAGGUGGGGGGAAGAGGGGACAGCUUUAGCACAUAAUAUCUUGAUCGUGUUUUAAAACAAUUAACAACAGUUUAUGGGAGUCAUGAGGAUACGGUUUUAAUAUUCUUUGAAUGUUCUGUGUUUACCACCAAAUGAGAUGAGAAAAUAGAAUGAAAAGUUGUUCUAUCUCCCACCCUACUAUAUAUAAAUUCUGGAUUUUUAUGCUGACAAUAUCGAAUAUGUGGUUGAUACAUGAUCCCAUACACGAAGAUAAAAGGGUAAUUUUUAGCGCAUUUUUAAUUCUGAAUUUGUCUAUAUAAAGUAAUGUUUUACCUUCACAUCUUAUGCUAAAAGUGACUACCAUUCGUGGUUACUGAAUACGCAUAAUAAUUUUGCCUCUUACAGUUUUAUGAAGUUCUUUUUACCAAUAUUUUUGUUGUAGUCUUCCGUUUCAUUAUAGGUACUACACGCACAUUUCAGAUUUUAUAGUUGGAAUAACUUAACUGAUUGAGAUUGAUUAGUUUGUAGUGGUAUCAUAUCUAUACAAAGUAUCACUUCUUCCUUUUGCAUUAAACCGUUUUAAAAAUUGUUAACCCCACAAAUUCUAAAGUUGGUUUUUAAUCCCUUUUAUUUCCCUGCACCACAUCUGCGUUGUGUUAAUGAAGUUUUCCAGGUGAAAGUUAAUAUUCUGUUGUGUAUAUUUAAAAUUAUAAAAGUUGGUGACUUAUGAA